UCACAUUUAGGUGUCAGCAUACUCCAUGCCGGGUCAUAAGAGAGAAAUAAGCCACCCCAGAGUGAUGGCUGGGUUCGUUCAUUCAUCUACUCUUCAGUCAGCAAACACUUACUGAGAAGUGGCUGUGUGCCAGGCACGCUUUAGGUGCUGGGGUUGCCUCCAUGAACAAAACAAGCAGAAAACUCUGCUGCUGUGAAGCAAGCUAAGGCGGAGCCCAGCUUGGCGGGGGCGGGAGGGGCUGGCCGGCAGGACAUUGCUUCCCGCCAUCCCCCCAGGGACACCACACAGAACAGUUUACAAAGCACUCCCACGGUUGCGUUCCCAUUAACAAGCCUUCACCCCCCAACACAAGCCUUUCCUCUCCUAGUCCCCGGGAUGGUGUCAGUCCUGAACAUAGCCCAGGCUGGGAGAGUGGGGGGCUUACACCCUUGGGUGACUUAAUGUGCCCACUGGCCCUCCCUGCCCAAGACCCACCACUUCUGCCCUCUCAGCUCUCCCUGGAUCCAUCGGGUCCUGAGUGGGAUUGCCCACUGGGCUCCAAGGACCUGGAGGAAGAGGGCCCCUGGGGAGGGGGCUCUGGCCUGCCGCCCACAGGCUGCUUCCCUGGCUCCUGGCGCCAGGACGUGGGCCUGGACUGCAAGGGAUCCCCCGAGGGGGCCGAGGCCCGGGCUUGGACUGUCUACUACUACAGCCUCCUGCAGAGCUGUCUGCAGCAAGCUGGCCUUCCGGAGACCCAGGACCGCAGCCAGGUGCCCCGCACAGGCUGUCCUGGGGCGGAGGUGACCUUGUGCGUUCUGGGCUCCCCCAGCACCUUUCUGCCUGUGCUGCUGGAGGGUGGGGUCCAGAGCCCGGGAAACAUGCUCCUUUGCCUGUCCCCUGCUUGGCUGAUGAAGGUGCCAGCACCCGGGCAGCCGGGUGAGGCAGCCCUGCUAGUCUCCAAGGCUGUGAGCUUCCACCCUGGGGGCCUGACAUUCCUGGAUGACUUUGUCCCCCCGCGCCGUGCCACCUACUUUCUGGCAGGCCUGGGUCUGGGGCCCGGCCGGGGCCGAGAGGCAGCAGAACUCGCCCGUGACCUGACCUGCCCCACAGGAGCUUCGGCUGAGCUGGCCCGGCUGCUGGAGGACCGGCUGCUGACAAGGCAGUUGCUGGCCCAGCAGGGUAGUGUGGCUGUGCCAGCAACCCUGGCUUUCACCUACAAGCCACCGGGGCUGCUGCGGGGAGGGGAUGCCAGCCCAGGGCUACGGCUGGUGGAGCUGAGUGGCAAAGAGGGCCAGAAGACGCUGGUGAAAGAGGAAGUGGAGGCUUUUCUGCGCUCUGAGGCCCUGGGUGAUAUCCUGCAGGUGGCUGUGAAGCUCAGUGGCUGGCGCUGGCGGGGGCGGCAGGCAUUGCGUCUGCACUCACAGGCAGAGCUGGGUGCAGUGGUGGACACAGUGCUGGCGCUGCUGGAGAAGCUGGAGGAGGAGGAGAGUGUCCUGGUGGAGGCUGUGUACCCACCUGUCCAGCUGCCCUGCUCAGAUGGUCCUUCCCCCGGCCCCAGCCUGGCCGUGCGAGUCUGUGCUGUGGUGUGUCGGACACAGGGUGAUAGGCCACUGCUGAGCAAGGUGGUGUGCGGCGUGGGCCGCGGGGACCGCCCUCUACGGCACCACAACUCCCUGCCGAGGACGCUGGAGGUGGCGCUGGCCCAGUGCGGCCUGGGCGAGGAGGCGCAGGUGGCGGCCGUGCGGCAGCGCGUCAAGGCGGCGGCCGAGGCCGCGCUGGCCGCCGUGCUGGCUCUGGAGGCCGGCCUGAGUGCCGAGCAGCGCGGCGGGUGCCGGGCGUACACGGACUUCCUGGGCGUGGAUUUCGCGCUGACAGCUGCCGGCGGCGUGCUGACCCCAGUGGCCCUGGAGCUGAACGGCGGCCUGUGCCUGGAGGCGUGCGGCGCGCUCGAGGGGCUGUGGGCCGCGCCGCGGCUGGGGCCGGCGGCUGACGAGGCGGCGGCCGCGCCGCUGGUGGAGACCAUGCUUCGGCGGUCGGCGCGCUGCCUCAUGGAGGGAAAGCAGCUACUGGUGGUCGGCGCUGGCGGCGUCAGCAAGAAGUUCGUGUGGGAGGCGGCGCGCGACUACGGGCUCCAGCUGCACCUCGUGGAGUCAGACCCCAACCACUUUGCAUCCCAGUUGGUACAGACCUUCAUCCACUUUGACAUGACCGAGCACCGGAGGGAUGAGGAGAACGCACGGCUGCUGGCAGAGUUGGUGCGGGCUCGCGGCCUCAAGCUAGAUGGCUGCUUCUCCUACUGGGACGACUGCCUGGUGCUCACAGCCCUGCUCUGCCAGGAGCUAGGUCUGCCCUGCAGCUCCCCAGCUGCCAUGCGCCUGGCUAAGCAGAAGAGCCUCACCCAGCUGCACCUGUUGCACCACCAUGGCCCACCCUGGCCUGCGCCCUCCCUCCAUGCUGUGCCCUGCUGCCCACUGGAGAGCGAGGCUGAUGUGGAGAGGGCCGUGCACCAGGUACCCCUGCCAGGUGUCAUGAAGCUGGAGUUUGGGGCAGGUGCGGUGGGUGUGCGGCUGGUAGAGGAUGCGCCACAGUGCCAUGAGCACUUUUCCCGGAUUACCCGAGACUUGCAGGGUGAGGCCGACCACCCAGGCAUUGGGCUGGGCUGGGGCAAUGCCAUGCUGCUGAUGGAGUUUGUGGAGGGCACCGAGCACGACGUGGACCUGGUGUUGUUUGGUGGGCGGCUGCUGGCUGCCUUUGUCUCUGACAACGGCCCUACGAGGCUGCCUGGCUUCACUGAGACGGCGGCCUGCAUGCCCACCGGGCUGGCACCAGAGCAGGAGGCACAGAUGGUUCAGGCAGCCUUCCGCUGUUGCCUGGGCUGCGGGCUGCUCGAUGGAGUCUUCAACGUGGAGCUAAAGUUGACCGGGGCUGGGCCUCGGCUUAUCGAGAUCAACCCCCGCAUGGGUGGCUUCUACCUGCGUGAUUGGAUCCUGGAGCUCUAUGGCGUGGACCUGCUGCUGGCUGCUGUUAUGGUGGCCUGCGGCCUGCGUCCUGCCCUGCCCACCCGCCCACGUGCUCGUGGCCAUCUGGUGGGCGUCAUGUGCCUUGUGUCCCAGCACCUGCAGGCCCUGAGUUCCACCGCCAGCCGUGAGACCCUGCAGGCCCUGCACGACCGUGGCCUGCUACGCCUCAAUCUGCUGGAGGAGGCCCUGGUGCCUGGCGAGUAUGAGGAGCCCUACUGCAGUGUGGCCUGUGCCGGGCCCAGCCCCACGGAGGCCCGCCUCCGCCUGCUGGGCCUCUGCCAGGGCCUGGGCAUCGAUGGGCCCAGCUACCCUGUUGCCCACUUCCUGUCUCACUUCAAAUAGCACUGGGGCCAGGGGGCAGGGAAGCAGUGCUGGGAGGAGGCACUGUGGUGCCCUCUGCCCCCUGGAGCUCUUCCUGCUUCUCUCCCCAUCGCCAUGCCCCAGCCCCAGCCUGGCCCACUGCAAUGCCUAGGUCUGUUCCAGAGCAGCAGGGCAAUUUAGACACCAAGGCAUCCUGGACUCAAGGGCCUCUUGCUCUCCCGAAGGCCCCAGUCCAGCCCACAGCUUCCCCAGCAUUCUAGCCUUGGAGAAAUGACAAUGGCCACACACACACACACACACACACACACACACACACACACACACACACACACACCCACACACACCCACACACACACACACACACACACACACACACACACACACACACCCCCUCUGUCGCCAGCUCCCCAGGUGGGAGUGGGCCCAAACCCAGCCCCUCCUGUCCACCCCUCCAGGUCUCACUCUCUUCCUGCCAUCUACAAGAGGAGAGGACCUGGCUGGGCCCCAAGCCUUGGACAAACCCUGGGAAAACCUGAGACUAGAACCCUUGUCUUCCUCUUACCCAAAUUCUAGGAUAGCUCUAGAGCCUGCUGGAAACUCGGCGGCAUCCAACCUGCCUCAUUCGACCUGAGCGGUAGAGGCAGGUGGCCUGUGGACAGAAGUAAUCCUCUUUCCGCUCACCCCAGGCAGAUACAACUGCCUAUGUUCCCCCAGUGAGAGGAAACAGGCUGAGAGAGGAAAAAUGACUGCUCCAGGGUUAUACCACAGUGGAGGGCGGGUCACAGGACAUGAUGCAGGGUCCAGGUUUCUGUUUUGAUCAAGUCUUACAUGCCCCCCUCACCUCCCUGCCCUCAUUCACAAGUGGCCCUGAGACAUGCGAACGCCUCCCUCCUAUGCAUCACAAACCUUCUCCACCGAGCUUUGGUGCUUUGGCCUCUGGCAUACCUAACUAGCAUUGGCAGAGGAGAGUCUACACUCUCUUCUUCAUUCAGGGAAGAUGCUUUAAGAAAUCCUGCCUCCGUGCAGCACAGGAGCUGGAGGCAGCUCCCCAAGCAUCCCUCCCCAAAUAAAGGCUUAUGUACUAGUGAA